AUGGCGAGUCCUAGGGACAGCAGGCAUUCGCAGGGAUUGGGAGCGGGAUUGAUGGCUGGAGGAAAGGCUGAGGAGCCACAACCACAUCCACCAAAGGAGCAGCUUCCUAACAUUUCUUAUUGCAUUACUAGUCCACCUCCAUGGCCGGAAGCUAUCCUACUUGGUUUCCAACAUUACCUCGUGAUGCUUGGAACAACUGUUCUCAUUCCUACCGCUCUCGUCCCCCAAAUGGGAGGUGGAAAUAGAGAGAAGGCCGAGGUGAUCCAGACACUUCUCUUUGUUGCUGGUUUGAACACAUUGCUCCAGACUUUGUUUGGAACUCGUUUGCCUGCUGUUAUUGGAGGCUCAUACACCUUUGUCCCAACUACAAUUUCAAUUAUACUUUCUGGUCGAUUUAGUGAUGAAGUAGACCCUGUUGAGAAAUUUAAGAGGAUUAUGCGUGCAACACAAGGUGCUCUUAUUGUUGCUUCAACCCUUCAGAUUGUUCUAGGUUUCAGUGGCCUUUGGCGUAAUGUCACCAGGUUCUUAAGUCCACUUUCAGCUGUUCCUUUGGUAGCUCUUGUUGGUUUUGGGCUGUAUGAGCUUGGUUUUCCUGGGGUUGCCAAAUGCGUGGAGAUUGGCCUGCCAGAGCUUAUCAUAUUAGUAUUUAUUUCACAGUACAUGCCCCAUGUGAUAAAGUCGGGAAAACAUGUCUUUGAUCGUUUUGCUGUUAUAUUCGCUGUGGUGAUUGUAUGGAUUUAUGCUCAUCUGCUCACUGUGGGUGGUGCUUAUAAUGAUGCAGCGCCAAGGACACAAGUAACUUGUCGUACUGAUCGUGCUGGACUUAUAGAUGCUGCUCCAUGGAUAAGAGUUCCAUAUCCCUUUCAAUGGGGAGCACCUUCAUUUGAUGCUGGUGAAGCUUUUGCCAUGAUGAUGGCUUCCUUUGUUGCCCUUGUAGAGUCCACUGGCGCCUUUAUUGCAGUGUCAAGGUAUGCAAGUGCAACUCCUAUGCCACCUUCUGUUCUUAGCCGUGGUGUUGGCUGGCAGGGAGUUGCCAUCUUGCUUUCUGGGCUGUUUGGAACUGCAAAUGGAUCUUCAGUAUCUGUAGAGAAUGCUGGUCUCUUGGCCUUAACAAGAGUUGGCAGCCGAAGGGUUGUCCAGAUAUCUGCAGGAUUCAUGAUUUUCUUUUCUGUUCUUGGAAAAUUUGGGGCAGUCUUUGCUUCAAUUCCAGCACCCAUUAUUGCCGCUUUAUAUUGCCUUUUCUUUGCCUACGUGGGUGCUGCUGGUCUUAGCUUUCUUCAGUUCUGUAAUCUCAACAGCUUCCGAACAAAGUUCAUAUUAGGCUUCUCUAUUUUCAUGGGUUUAUCCGUGCCACAGUACUUCAAUGAGUACACUGCAAUCAAGGGCUAUGGUCCAGUUAACACUGGUGGAAGAUGGUUCAACGAUAUUAUAAACGUUCCUUUCUCGUCAGAAGCAUUUGUUGCGGGCUGCUUGGCUUAUUUCCUGGACAACACCCUGCAUAAAAAAGACAGUUCAAUCAGGAAAGACAGGGGUAAGCACUGGUGGGACAAAUUCCGAUCAUUCAAGGGUGAUUCAAGGAGUGAAGAAUUCUACUCCCUGCCUUUUAAUCUAAACAAAUAUUUUCCAUCUGUGUAA